GGCGUGUUCAACGAAAUUGGCAAGUUUUCAGUGAAAAUUAUUGUCAGAUUGGAUUGUUUGGCAUAGCUAGCUAGCUAUGCAGUGAGUCUACCUACAAGAUUAAGAUGCUUAGCUAUUGGAGAAAACGAAGAUCAACUACAAAAACAUUCAACGUUGUUCUGCUAGAUGGUACAACUGUGACUCUACAACUUGAGAGUCGGUGUUCUGGUGGGGACCUUGUGCGUAGAGCCUUGGAAACUCAGAGAAUCCUCUCCAAUCAGGAGAUAUUUGGGCUCACAGCAGCCUCUGAUAAUUGCAGGCGUUGGUUGAAUCUGACCAAGUCUGUCAAGAAGCAGAUAUCAGGCCACUCCCCGUACACUGUCCAGCUGUGUGUGUGGGCGUACCCACGAGACCACCACUCCCUCCUGCAGAGCCUCACAAGACACCAGUUGUACUUGCAAGUGAAGCAGGAUCUGCUACAUGGACGAUUGAGGGCUGGCAAUGAGACAACAUGUGCUACACUGACUGGACUCAUUGUGCAACGAGAGGUUGGGGACUUUGAGCAGCAGAUGUGUGGGGAGGGCUACAUACAGGAGCUGGCUAUUCUACCAACUAUUGGAGGCUCACUGGAGGAAACUAUCAGUAGAAACCAUCGCACUAACAGGGGUUUGACUGGUCGUGAGUGUGAGGACAGAGCACUGAUUCUGGCUCAGGGAGAAUUUAGUUACGCCACCCACUCAUACACUGUACAGGACUCACUCAUCAAGCGCUCCACACUGCAGCUCUCUAUUUGUGUAGUGGGUGUCAGAGUGGCUGAGUCAGUCAAUAACGUCAUCACUUACGAAUGGGAGGUCAUAGAGAGAGUUAGUCACAAGGGAAAACAGCUGUUCCUCGACCUGGUCUCUAAUUCAAAGACGCCCCCUCCACACGGGCCCACUCUCUUCACAUGCCCCUCUAUCGGACUGGCCGCUAAUCUGUCAUACUGGGUCUCUUUUCUACGAGAAUACUAUUGCCACGACAACCCUCCACCCACACGCUCGCGAUUGAGGCGAUUCUUCAGCUCAAGAAGGUCAAUGCGACGGAGACCAGUGGUUGAACCAGGCAGGAGAAUGAGUGCCGUGAUUGAGGAGAGACGAUCGUCGUUUGGUAAUGACACUCAUCACACCAUCACUGGGUCGUCUCCGUCCAUUAAAAGGUCAGAGUCCAAAGGUCUUGUUGUGUACGGAGCAUCAGGGCUUGCAUCACAAGAUGAACCGAUGACAUCAAAUGAACUCACUACCAUGGCAACUGUUCAUACAGAGAUCGCCAUUCACAUACCAAAAGAGGAAAAUCACAUAUCAGAGUUAUAUAGUGACAAUCGGCACACCAAGCCACAUGAUCGUGAGCCGAUAACACAUGACGAAAGUCCAGAAAUCAAAAGUGUCAGUGCAGCCAUCAGUCACAGCCAUCGUAGGUCACAUGACUCAUCGAGGAGAUCACAGGAUUUUGGCGAUACAUCACAUAGUAGUACGCCUUCAAGAGCACAUCAUAGAAAUAUACAGCCUUCUCCAUUAUCACAUGACAACUCGGCAAUAUCAUCUGAUGGGUUAGCACGAACAUCAGAGAGACGCUCAAGUCAUAGCUCAACCAAAUCCCGCAGCACAUCUCAUAUAUCACAUGAUAGCUCUUAUAAAUCACAUGACAGCCCAACAAGAUCACAUACAAAAUCACAAACUAUAUCACAUAACCGUCCUCCAAGAUCACAUGACAGUCCACACAGAUCACAUGACCGUCCACGCAGAUCACAUGACAGCCCCCAUAGAUCACAUGACAGCCCUCAUCGCUCGUCCAGGAGGUCAAGCAACAACUACAAACACUACGAGCUUGGUCCACAGUCACGUGAGUCCUCUCCUGUAACACAGAACGGUCGUGUUCGUCGCUCGUCAAUGGAGCACACUCCGGAGAGAGCCAGCUCCCUCACAAGACACCUAGUGCCCGAAUAUUCAGUGGUUGAAAAUGAAGAAUGGAACGGCUCUGAUGUUGGACCCAGAGUGAUCGACCCGGCAGCUAAACCAAAGAAUAGGAUUCGGUUAUCACUACCAGAGGGAGCGUUUUACGACAGCCAACCUGGGAGACUGCGAGGAGCAAGAUUGAGCAUGUCAAGUCGAAGAGCUCGCAACACUUCCAUCACAUCCACGACCAGUGCUAGUCUGAGUCAGCCCAUGGAGGGAACUGGGAGCCAGUGGGGUCUCUCCUACAAGCUGGGGAGUAUUGCCAGUCUAGAGACACAAGCCAGUCUUGCAGAGUUGAGUCAAGCAGAGUCCUUCGUGGACCCACACAUGAGGAGCUUUGUAUUCCAAGCCUCUCAACCAGACACUGCUACUGAGCUGUAGACGCUGUCAGUCAGGCACUGUUUUUAACUCUUUCUACAAUCAUCAAUUUUUUAUGGCUACAUCUAGCUGUUAUCAUUGCUGUUUAAUUUAUAAAAUCAUAACGGUAUUAAUUAUCCCAAUGUGUUUCUAG